AUGAACAAUCAAUACGUCCGUCGAGAAGUCUUCUGCUGUGAAACUUGUCAUGAGCUCAAAAGCUUCUGGGAAAAAGAAAUUAGUAAACAGACUUUUUACCGAGAACUGGAGGAAGAUCGUCAGGAAAGAAGCGCCCUGAAAAAACUCAGAGAAGAAUGGAGGCAGAGGCUGGAGAGGAGGCUGAGGAUGCUGGACAACCCUGAAGAGAAGGACAAGCCUGCGAACACCGCGGACUGA